AUGGAUGCGGAACGUGGAUAUGACGAGGAGUCGCUCCAGCACAUCUAUGCACUUCUGCAGAAACAUAGAUCAACCGAUGUAAUCAGGAUGGUUUUGGAUGUCGCACAAUCACGUCCGACUUCCGUAGUAACUUCACCUUCGCGCUUCUCCCACGCGUCUUCUGAGUCACGUUAUUCUGGCCUCAGUACAGACUAUGCGCCAUCCUUGCUAUCGUCUGCUUCAUCGCGCUCGCGACCUCAACGUGAGGCACCACUCUACCGUUCCGGUCUAAAUCCUACGAAGCCUGCUAUGACGUCCGCCUCCCCUAUCUCGGAAGUAUUCAGCCCGGCCGACACGCUGUCAAUAUCUUCGCCACAACCUGCAGAUAUUGACUCCAUGACUGUCAAUUCCACUACAGCGAAACCCAGCGUAACGUCCUCAAGUGGAGGUCCCUGGUUCUGCACGUUCUGCAGCGAACACACCUCGUUUGCUGCGAAAGCCGAUUGGAAGAAGCACGAAACCAAACACCACGAAACAGGCGAAGAUUGGCCUUGUCCCAUCCGUAAUUGCUUGGAAGUGCUCGACCGGAAGCUGGACUUCGAAGCGCACUUCAAACGUCACCACCCAGAUGUAUUCUGCCCAACAGACGUUCGUGUACGCCUCCUACCACGGCUGGUCUAUGGUUGCGGCUUCGACGGCUGCAAAGCUGUCCUCACGGGGUGGAAAGAACGAUGCGAUCAUGUUGCGCUGCAUAUGAAGCCGAAGGGAACAGAGAAACGAAAGGGACGAACAGAGUGGAAGUACUCAAACACUAUUCAUAAUCUUCUCCGCCAGGACGCAACACGCAGUGCUUGGAAGUCGCUAUUCGCAGAAUUCGAGUCCAAGCAGCCACGAUAUCAAAUUACGUGGAGCCCGGAGAACACACGGACACUGAAGCAGAAGCUGGAGUGCUGUGAUAUGCGCCCCAACGUCCUUGAGGUCGUUCACACAGCACUCAGUUUACGCGAAGGACGCCCGUUCAACGACGCAGCAGAGUUAGACGCUGAAUUUAGAACGCCUAGUCAAGAUUCUGUACCACGCUUCGAGGUUCUUACAGAAGAACAAUUGACCCAAAUUCUGAGCGGUCGCACCACACAACCCAUUUCCAUCAUGCGCCCGGCGUCGACCGCUCAAUCGCUCGAUCCCAAGCUUUCCUUUACCGAACCGCAUCCUGGCGACCUUGUGGCCUUCGACAUCCCAUCUCCUACCAUCAGUGGACGGCGUAUCAGCUACAUGGAUGUAGAUACUGAAGACUUCGGGCUAUCUGACGAAGGACCCGAUCCGCAGAUUCCGCCAGGGCUUGAGCUCGAUCCUUCCCAGAUGAACUACGGGGGAUCGCCAAAAGCAUUCCAGCUUUACUAUCCUCAUUCGCCGACAGUGGAGGAGAUGCCUCAGCAGAGACGAUCAUCAAGAGGGCAUAUUCUGACGAGGCAUUUUAAGGGUCGGAAGGGGUAG